CGUGUUUUAUUGUGACAGACACACAGUGGGAACCUCAUGUAUUUUAUUAGAAAUGUUACAACAACACUGAACCUGCUCGUACCGCUGUGCAAAGUCUCGUCUACUUUCGAGGCGAGCCGCAGCUCGUCUCAAACAAGCCUACUGUGUUCGGGUCACAUGACGGGUCACAUGGCGGGUCACAUGGCGGGUCACAUGGCGGGUCACAUGGCGGGUCACAUGGCGGGUCACAUCGCGGGUCACAUCGCGGGUCACUUGACGGGUCACAUGGGGGGUCACAUGGCGGGUCACUUGACGGGUCACAUGGCGGGUCACAUGGCUGGUCACUUGACGGGUCACAUGGCGGGUCACAUGGCGGGUCACAUGGGGGGUCACUUGACGGGUUACAUGGCGGGUCACAUGGCGGGUCACAUGGCGGGUCACUUGACGGGUCACAUGGGACUCUGAAGAUAAAAGGAUAACUGGAAGGAAGCUGUACCUGUCAAUCACCUGCAACAUCUUUAUAAGAUCAUUAAUCACAACAAACAUGUGAUCGAUGGGCCAUGCUAGCUCUGUUAGCAUUGAAGCUCAGGCAUUUAAGGUCAAUUAAAAGACAUAUAAAGGUCAUAUGAAGGUCUUUUAAAGGUCAUACGAAGGUCUUUUAAAGGUC